AUGGGCAAAUUCAGGUGGAAGAUUUCUUUGCAAGGCCUCAAGCGAGCUGUCAGUCCUACCAAACAUGCUGCAGUUGCUGACCCUUCUCCCAGUCGACAAGGUUUCACUCGAGGCAAUACCAAAUCCAACCAAAACCUCAAGGCUCAGUACAACAAUGGCCAAUCUCAGUCUCCGAACUCGCAGCAAGCCCCUCCUCUUCCUCCCCUGACCAAUUCGCCUUCCAUCUCCUCCACAUUCAGUGAACAAAGUGCCUAUAUCGAACAAGAGCCCAAGAAAUUCCUCAAUGAGAAAUAUGCCAAAUGCUCGGUCAAGGGGAACUUCCUCACGCUGGCUGCGCAGCCGAAGAACGUCGAACUUGGAGAAUGGCUAGCCCAUCAAUUGGUUGAGAUGAAUCGACUGCUCACUGGGAUGAUCCAGGUCAUCCAAGAGGUUGACACCAACACGGGACUGCCGCUGUGCAAUGAGCAGCAAUGUCCUACAAUGUCUGCUGGGCGUCUCACUUACACCUGGCUCGAAAACGGUCGACCGGCCAAGAUCCCCGCGCCUCAAUACAUCGUCCGGGUUCAACGCUGGAUCGUUGGGAAAAUCCACGAUGAGAAGACCUUCCCUACCGCACCCCCACCAACCGACGACGAAACAUCCUACAUGUCCGGUGACACUGGCACUGUCACACCCUCGGCCACCACGCCAAUUGCUGCCCCACCAUCCAACCUCAACCAAUCGACGCUCGCAGGCGCUCAAGAUGAAUGGAUCGGCAAGUCCUCAGGUUUCCCGCCACAUUUCCACGCAGAUGUCAAGGCCAUCAUCAAGCAGAUGUUCCGCUGCUACGCGCACCUCUACCACUGUCACUUCACCGAUCCCUUCUGGCACAUUGGUCGCCACGCAGAACUGAACAGCUGCUUCGUCCAUUUCUGCACUGUCGCAAUGUACUACGACUUGAUCAGCAAGAAAGACAUGGAGCCUUUACAAGGACUCAUUGACAUCUUCGUGGCGCAGGGCGUCAUUCCCAAGGAAGCUGUCCAGCAGCAUGUUUCCUAG